AUGCGUCAAUCAGUCCUUGCUCUUGCGGCUCUUUCUUUAUGGCAGAGUUGCACUGCUCAAGCAAUCAAGGAAACUCUAGUUCCAUAUCACCCGAGAGACCUUGGUCUUCAGAGAAGAGAUGCACCACCUAGCGUCACUCUUCAAAAUGAACUCAGUCUUAUCUGGGGAUCAUCGAAUGGUUCAACUUUUGUCAAUGUAACCCUUAACACAGGCGAAACCGAGCUUGUUAUCUCCACCGAGCAUUUUGCCGACAGUCUCACAGACGUGCAAUGCAACGGUGAUCUUGUGCUUACCUUCAAAGACAACGCUACUUUCCAAGAUGCCAUUUCCGAUUGGUCCUGGGUCAACUUCCAUGAGAAUCGUACAUUUUUCAUGAUCAAUAACUGGGGUGCGUGCGCUGCUGCAUCGGAAUCCGGUAGACAGCCAUGGAUUGUUCAUGGAGUCGAUGUUUAUGAUGAGCAAAACUUCAUCGUCAACUUCAAUGCUACUCUUUCAGACUGGGAUGAUGUCAUGUCUGGUGCAGUUAUCGAGUUUGGUGCCAUGUCAACAUCUUCAUCAUCAAAGAGAACCGACACUGUUAGCAAGACCUUAUCCCUCAACAUGGCCCACAGUCUUCCUCAGACCUUCUUCAGCAAAUCUACCAACAGUGGACUCGACUUCUCCAUCGACUGUCCUGGUUGUGCUACCACCGGUACUAUCGAUGUUCAGGGAAAGAUUAUUAUGAACACCAUCAUUGGUAUUCCAACCAGUGUCAAGUCUAUCUCUAUCACUGCUACUCCAAAAGGUGUAGGUGCUAACUUGGCUCUCGGAUUCUCUGUUUCUGGUACCUUAGGUAGUGGAUGGACCAAAGACUGGAACUUGGUUACUGUUAGUCUUCCAGGAUGGUCUAUUCCAAAAAUCAUUGACUUGGGUCCUCAAUUCACCGUCGAUGCCGGUUUUUCUCUGAGCGGUAUCGAAGGAAGUGCUUCAAUCAGCGCUGGUGUCAACGUUGCCAUCCCAGACUCUUCCUCCGCUGUUCUUGGUAUCAGCGGUGUUGAUUCUAGCUUCAGUGGAUGGAUUCCAACAGCGACUCCUCAAACUCCUAAGGUCAGCGUUGAGGUCGAUGGAAGCUUGGAAUUGUACACCGAACUUGGUCUUGAUGUCGGACUUACCGUUCUCAGUAAGUGGGGUUUUGGAGGUGGGCUUUUCCUCAGAAUCCCAGACGUCAAAAUUGAUCUCGGAGCCGAAUUCAACACCCAAGGUGUGUGCCCUGGAUCAGCCGAUGUUUUCGGUGUCACAUUAGGUGCAACCGUUGGUGUCGAUCUCAACCUUGGUGUUUACACUGAAUCUGGCGGAGACAAGAGCUGGAAAGCAAAAACCUCCAUUUACACCAACAACAACUUGAUCACUCCUAUUGACAAAUGUUUCCCUCUCGGCCCAACUCUUCCAGCCGGUGGCAAGGGCGUCUCGAUCAAGACUGUCGGUACCGUUCCAGUUUCUUCUGCUAAGGCAGUUUCCACCACCAAGGCCGCUGCUACCACCUCCGCCAAGCCAACUAGCGCUGCCACUUCAUCCAAGGCAUCAUCUGUAUCUGCCAGUGCCACUCCCAAGACUUCAGGAUCAGCAUCGGCUACUAGCAUCAAGGUUUCUGGAACCGGUGCGUCUUCAUCUAUCAAGGUCUCUGGUACCACUGUGCCUUCAUCUAUCAAGGUCUCUGGCACCGGACCCUCCUCAAGCAAGAUAACUGGCACUGGUAUUUCUGGAUACAGCACCAGUAAGAUCGUUGGAACUGGCGUCUCUUCCAGCAAAAUUGUUGGAACUGCCGUUUCAUCAUCUGCUCACGGAUACGGAUCUGCUCCAGCUUCCUCCUCUGCACUUGGCUACGGAACUGCCCCAGUUUACCCUACCACUACAAAACUCUCCGGAACUGGAGUAUCCUCAUCUAGUAAUGUCGCUGGUACUGGUAUUUCCUCGGUCGCCUCUUACGGCACUCAUCCGGAUACUACCGCUUCAUCGAUCAAGGGUGCCAGUACUUCAACUGUUAAGACUUCGGGUACUGUUGUGAUCAGUAGCUCGAUUUACAUCUCCGCUUCAGGGGUUAGCUCGGUCAAGACUGCUAUCGGUUCAUCUGCCUCAUCUGCACUCGGACUUGAGACUAGUAAAGCUUCCACAUCAGCAAAGGCAACCACCGCAACUGGUGCUCCGGUUUACGCAGGAUCUUCCACUUCUUCCGCUCUUGGUCUCGAGACAAGCAAAGUUUCUUCUAUUGCUGCCUCUUCGACCAAAGUUUCCAGCACAGUCGUAGCAAGCUCCACCUCAACCAAAGCCUCCACAACCGUCAUCCCAACCAAGACUGCCACUGGAACCGUUGCCCCAGCUCCAACAGCCACAGGUACAAUCUCCACCUGCGACAAAUGGGUCACCAUCGAAGAUGACAACUGCUCUUGCACAAACAUUGAGAACUACUACGGUGUUAGUGCCACUAAUCUUAAUCUCUGGAACCCUGCUCUCGGAAGCGAGUGUAAAUUGACUGUUGGACAAGCCGUCUGUAUUGGAGUCAAGGGCUCUUACAAGCGAUCUGUCAAUGGUCGUCUUGCUCGAUUCGUUGAUGCUUAA